UAAAGUUCACACCAUACAUAAAAAUACCUAUUCAUUUAAAUAGCCUUCAAGUAUUUGAUUUGGAAUUUUCAAAUGGAAAUCGUGAUUGUUUUCAUGGGACUUAUCUCAUGCUGUUCGCUGGUCGAGGCUGAGCGUGGUGUGAUCAGCGAUAUUAGUGACGAGUCCUUUGAGAUGUUGAUAUCGGGCGGCUACAGGCCGAAGAGCCACCGGUUGUCCCGACACGUGGUCUCCAUUCGCACCCAGAACUAUGUCCGCCACCGGGGAGACAAUCACUUCUGCAGCGGCGUCAUGGUGAGCAGUCGAGCUGUCCUAACUGCUGCCCACUGUAUAACGGACCGGUACAAAUCCUCGAUGAAUCCACGGGGCCUUCGGGUGGUGCUCGGGAACAUUAGAAGACUGGCCACGUAUGAGGAAAUCGACACCAGAAGUGUGGAUCGCCUGGUGGUCCAUCCGGAAUACAUGCGCUUCAAAAAGAACGACCUGGCGAUCCUGAGACUCUCGGAACGCCUGCACAGCGCCAACCAUAAUGUUCUACCCAUUAUUUUGCGCAAAGUGGCCAAUGUGACCUAUGGCGAUGCUUGCGUCACUAUCGGCUGGGGUCAGAUAUAUCAGCACGGUCCUUAUGCGGAUGAACUCCUUUAUCUGGACGUUGUUCUGAGGCCGCCCUCGUUUUGCAAAGAGAUUUUGGGUUCCUUUUCGCCAGAACUGAAUGUAUGUGUGGAGCCCAAGGCCGAGGGUAGCACUUGUGUCGGCGACAUGGGCGGACCACUGAUUUGCAACGGCGCUCUAUUUGGCAUCAUAGCCGGGCACUUGGGCUGCGCCGGCGGCAAGGCUAUGCAGUUCUUGAACUUUCUACACUACAAGGAUUGGAUUGUGGCCACUAUCCAAUCCCUAUCUGAUUGUGGCUUUAAAGCAGCCCCAAGCUGGAUUUUUCUAACUCCCUUCAUACUGAUUCUAGUAAAUUGAUAAAAAAUACUAUUAUGAGCAA